AUGGAUAUGAAAUCCCCCAAGACUGCCGAGAAGCCCUCCAAGAAGCCCAGUCCCCUAACUCUGCAAGGUUCUUCCAAGUCCAAGAAGAGCGACACCUCAGCAGAGGACAAGACUCGCAGUCCGACGAACGCCUUGCCGAGCCCGCCGAUGAAGAGUAAACCCGGCAGCCCUUCCAAGGCUACCCAAGAACCUCCCUCACCCCGGACGCCGGAUAAUAAAUCAAAAGCUGGUUGCGCCAAAGGUAAGCUUUCAAAGACCGAAAAAACUUCUCCUGCCAAGAAAUUGAAAGUUAAGCCAAAAACCGUGUCGUCUAAGAAUAAAAUGAAGAAAGAUGGGAAAAUAUCCGAGAAAAAGUUGAAAGAUUCAGUGAAUUUAGCUAUGUAUAAAAAUUUACCGCCCAAAAAGCGCAAGGCUCUCAUGCUGGAUUACGGAAAUGCUGUCGUUACUGGCGAGGAAGAUAGAGAAACAAAUAAUUUGACUCCUGGAGCGAACACCCCGACGAAAUUAGAGGCUAUAUUGCCUGAGGCCGAGUCGCCCUCAACAAAGAAGUGUAAAAAGAAGUUAUUGAUUGGUGCUCCCGACAAAGUGGCUAAGAAAAGAGGCCGCCCAAAGGGUAGCAAGAACAAAGUCAAAAAUAAAAUUGAUGAAGAAGGUUCUAAUGCAUCAAAGAAAAAUGAUCCUUUUGCGAAGGUUUCCAAAGAGGUUAAAGGACCUAAAGCAAAGUUGAAGGGCGAGUCAAAUGAAGAUGCAGAAAUUAUGUCGCGUGAAAUGAAAGUAAAACGACUCGCAGCAUUGGUGAGCGCAGAAGUUGACCAUUAUGUGUACAACACCGACGAUGGUUCAUCAGAGUUCGAGGACUAUAGCACCGCUCGUCAGGCCCUCAAGCUCGAGAAGAACAAAUCAACUUCGAAUAAAACUGCGAGAAUUAUGCAGAUGGAAUCUACUGCCGGAGACUCGGGUUGGGAAACCUUUGAACUCCAGUCCCCGAGUGUCAAGAAGUCUUCGCCUAAAAAACCGAAAGACAACGAUUGCAGCUCUAACGUUCGCAGUGCAAUAGAAAGCGUCUUGAUUCGCGUCAAAAUGGAGCAAGAUGAUGUGACAUCUGAAGUAGAGUGCACUGGUUCGCCUAUAUGCACUUCUACUCCCAAGUCAAAUGCGACAAAGACACAGGAUUGUCCUGCCACAGAGAGAGUAAUGAAAGAAGACUCGUGCGCUGACGAUGAGGAGUCGGAAGAUGAUGUUAAUUACGCUAAGAAACAAGAUGGCUCGAAGAAAAGUGGCGUCGUUUUGAAGAGAAAAAUGGGGCCGAAGAAAAAGAAGUUUUCGCAUAAAAAUUUGAAGAAUAUGAGUCCUGGAAAAGCCGUCACUUUUGCUUCUGAAGACGAUGAGAGUAGCAAGGAGAGUGAAAGUGAUGGGGAAGGAUUUGACGGGAAGAAAAAGAAAGGCCGUUUGCUUGCAAAGAAAAGUAAAAUCACAGUCCAGCGUUCAGUGAAGCCUUCACCAGAGUCGUCGCCGUCGCCCCUGCGUCGCACGGCGCGCAUGGCGAGUCUGAACGCGCGUGCCGUGAUGCACUGCAUGAACGAGGACGCAAGAAUGCCAUUCCAUGCGCCCCGACACGAGCCCAAGAAGCAGGAGAUGAGUCUCGUGCUGAGGACCGAAUCAACUAUCGCUAAGCGUCACACCGAUGACGAUUCCGACGAAGACGAUAGCGACGACGAUACUGUGCACAUCCGGCGCCUCCAGCCUGGCAAGCGGAAGAAGGAUAACUCCGCAGCGAAGAUGAAAACCGUCCGCAAGAAACGCAGAGGGGAGCUCGAUGUGCAGAUGGACAUCCGUGACAUGGUCGUCACCAAGAGAAUGGCCAGUUUGAACGCCUCCGCUAUCAUGGCUGCAAGUUAUUGCGUUGAGUCUCGCAAGCGAACGCCUUCGCAUGCUGCAAGCUCUUCUGCAGAAAGCGAAUUUACGAACCUAAACAUCAAAAGAAAAAUUUCUUACAAGUCAACCAAGAGCAAAGUCUCGAAGUCUUCUCGGAGCAGCGUGAUCACUGUACAGGAAACCACUAAGAAACUUAAGAAAGCCGAAGGCACUCGUGAGACAGAAGUCGAGGAGCGGAUCAUCGUCAAGAAGAAAGUCAAGAGACACAGUGAACGAAGCACAACCCACGACGACACAGACAGGGACGAUGACGAUGAUAACGUCACCGACGGGUCCGAGUUAAACCACGACGAAAUCAUUCCAAAAAGUCCCGAAGACGGAGGCAUGAUAGUCGAGUCUACGAUCACAUACAUCACAACUCAGACAGACACGUUGCCUCCUACAGCGCCCCAGGCAGGGGCGUCCCCGCACUGCAUUGCUGCUGGGGACCGCCAAACCACGACCGUCGUGCACGAGAGGAAGUCCAAGACCACCACAAAGUGCACGGCUUACUCGACCGGCGCUCCACCCACGGCUUUCAUCCCGCCUACCCAUUACGUACAGCCCGUGGUGUAUAGCAGCGCCCCAGGCCCGUCCGUGGUGUCCAAGUCUACGGUCAGCUACUCCCCUCUUGGAGCGCUCUCAGGCAUGCAGCCAACGGUCGACCAGCCUUCCUCACUUGCCCCUCUAUUACAACCCUCUCGCCACACUCACUUCCAGUCCACUCACAUGCCGCCCCACUACCCCACUCAUCACCUUAAUCACCACCACCAUCACGUUCACUCGCAUCAUCCUCACCACCACAUGAACAUCAAUCCAUCGUCACCACAACCUGGCUACCCGAUUCAGCCGCAACAAGUUUCCCCGUACUCCCCAUCGUCACCACAACACCAAUACCUGCAGCCCCACUCACCCCCAUAUCCUCCUCCUCCUCUGCCUGCCUCUGCAGCGCCUCCCACUGUAGCCGCGGUCAGUGGCAGGACUCAACCACAGCAGCAACAGCAGCAGCAGCAAGUGGCUGUUCAAAAACAGCCUCAGCAACUUCAGCCACCCGUGUCACACCACCAACAGCAGCAGCAGCAACAGCAUUACAUGCACAACAACCAUCAACAAAUGCAGCAGUAUUACCCACAACAUCAACAACGAAUGAUGCACCAACAUCAGCAGAUCUCUUCUAAGCAGAUGAACGGAGGACGCAUAAAUGUCCCAUGUUCUUCGGCUGUCAAUAGUCUGACGCCUCAACAUCAAUUUGCGCAUCACCAACAACAGAUGCAAACUGAGCAACACAUGCGAACACAAGUUAAAAUGCAACAUCAGCAGCAACAUCAUCAUCAGCUGCAGCAACAACCGAUGAAUCUGCCCCGGCACCAGCAACAGUUCCAAACCCCUACAUGCCGACCUCCCAUGGUCCCGGCCAACGCUGCGAACUUUAUGCCGCCCUCCGACGACGCCCACAUGGCUCCUUUACCUGCCCCCCACCACCAACAUCAGCUGCAGCAGCCGCCGCACCCUCAGUACCAUUACCCUCCUCCAGGACUCUCGCCGGACGCCGGCAAGCUUAUGUCGCCGUCCGCCUUGGCGGAAGCCAACGAGCGACAUCAGUCCGCCUUCACCGCGCCGGCCGUGCCUGCCGUCACGGAUUACCAGCCCGUGACGGGCCCCAUACCCACGGGCGUCGGCGAAACUUCCUCCUACAAAGCACCAGUGUCCGCACCCGGGUCUUCGGGAGGCUGCCUCUCAAACGUCCCUUUUUCCUCUUCAGGAUUUUCCUCUCCUUCAUAUUCUUCCCCUCCGUUCUCUGCUCCCAUCUAUUCCACUACCGACGUGUCUCCUCCGUACACGUCUCCUCCUUAUGCUUCUUCACCCGCUCUUCGUGCUCCUCCAUCAAACUCUUCUCGCUCCUCCUCUCCACUUCCUUCCUAUCCCUCCGCCGAGUCCUACGCCUCACCCUCUUAUUCCUACCCUCCGUACCAAGGAUAUCCUCCUCCUGCAUAUGCCAAUAACAAACCUUACCAAGGUCCCAGUUACCCCCAAUCCAUUGAAGGUUAUCCUCAACGAGGACAGUAUGUACCUUAUCCUCCACAGUACGAAAGUUACUCGUUUCAAUCACAUUCUCUGAAAACUAAUCCUUUAGCACUGCCUCCUCCACCGCCUCCUUCUGGCAAUCCUUCUGUUCCUCCUGGAGGAAAUGGCACCUCUGGAUCUCCUCGGACUCCUUACCGUCCUUCUCUUCCACCUCCUCCUUACCCUGACUUCACCGAGCCAACUGAACCCAUCGGUGUCGCUGGUGGCUGCUGUGGCGUCAGACUCGAAAUGGGCAAGAACCCUGGUCCAGGAGGACCUUUUGCGUCGAGACCUUCUCCUUCGCAGGCCAGCCACGGGCCGCCGUCACAGUUAUCAAAGGACGCGGCAUCAAAAUCUCGGCAACCAGCGUUAAAAACUGCAGCCAUGCCAACCAGCAAGCACUUGUCUUCUCAGCUAGGGUCUUUGAAGCAAGGAACGGCCGGCGUGACAGCAAAGAACGCUGAGCUGAUCGACUUGGAAUGUUCUCCUCCGUCUUCUUGUCGCCGCCAGCAACAGUCGCCGGAUUCUUCGGGGAGGUCAGCGCGAGAGUCUAGCCCGGCCUCACAUCCCGGGAUUUUAAGUUCUUCAUAUUCGGAAGAAGAUUCUAAGUCUUCUUUUAUUAUGUGUGAUAGCCAAAGAUUAACGAAAACCAAAAUUUCAUCUAACGAUGUACAAUCUAAGAGGGAUUCAUCGUCAUCCACGAUGUCUUGUACGAGCAAGAGGGAAAUUUCUGCCGCGAACUCUUCCAUCGCCGCCACUUUAGCCAAUCUUCGUAAGUUAAACUCAUGCACCAUCACGAGCGCCAACGUUCUGCCUUCCUCACCCUUCAGUCAAGAGGACUCCUCUCCAAUGUUGCAAGUUUCCUCUGAAACUCAGUCACUGGUUUCCGCCAAAAUCUCCUCGAACAACAGCAAGACUUCUCUGAGAGUCAGUCCGCAUGCAAAGUCAUCGCCGCAAGUGCCUUCUAUAAACUCGACUACGAGCAACCCUCUCUUGGACAGCAAAGAUGAACUUGCACCUACAACCGCUGCGCUGCGUGAUGCGUCGGCAAACAUCCGAACAAAAAAGCCCCCACCGCCUCCAGAAAUCCUCAGCAAUCAGAGACUUAAACCCGCUUCUGAUGUUUAUAACAGUAAGAUGAGUGCUACUUGCAAUGGCGUUGGAGCCAAUCACAGAGGUAACCUUAAAAACUCCUGCGAUAUUAGGCGGUCUAUUGCGUCAGCCUUGCCUCAUCUGAGCGCUUCGAUGAUCGUCAAAGAAGUGGAUUCGUCUGCUGGUUCCUGCUCGGACAAAGCAUCCGAUAUCGAAGUCAUAGACCGAACGCAAAUGAGCUCUGAAGACAUUCAGGCAACGACGAGUGCGUCAUCUCCUCUUAUGUCAACAAGUUCCAGGCCUUUGUUAGGUCAAGAUUCUCGGGAUUCUGACAGCCCCUGUCUUCCAUUCCCGUCAGAUGAUGCCACGGACCUCUCGGUUGCCAAUGACCUUCUUCUUCUUUCUCAGUCAGACCUGCAGUUCUCUUCUAAUUCUUCUUUCUUGCCUGCUUCGUGCUCAGUUUCAGUUUCUAGCACUUCGAUAGUAGAACAUGAUAGCCAGUUGUCUUCCAGUGUUGAUCGUCCUUUAAGUCGGUCUUCUUCUUCGAGCAAGGUCAUACAUACCAGCCGUACUAGUCUUGAACGCAGCAAUUCUAACUCUCCUAACCCGCGCUUUGGUGCCAGACAUCUGUUAUGUCAAAUGGUGCCCGCUCAUUCCCAGUCUAAAAAUGCAACUGCAAGAGCCAAGCCUCUAAAUAUUUCCCCCGGCCAAAAGAAACUUGCCACACACAUAAAGGCAGAGGUGACUGAAAAUAAUGCUGAUAAUGGUUGUGUAGCACCUAAUUUUACCAGUACCAAGAGAAAAGUUGAUUUGGUCCCAAACGAUGAAGCCAAAAGUAGAAAUAAUCUCGUUACUAGUCAGCAAAGCAGCACAAGUUCGGGCAGCUCGCCAGUCAGGAAGAGAGGAAGACCUCCCAAGAUUAAAGACAAACCUGCCCACGAAAAUGAAAGUGUCGUGACAGUAAAAAAUUCUACGCUCUCUAACAAUAUUCGUUGCGAUUCAAAAAACGUGAGAGCUCAUGGUGAGUCGAGCAGUCCUCAGUCUGCCUUGAUUCAUCAGUUUAAAAUAAAGAUUACUGAGGAAAAAGAGUCGGCUCCUCAGAAAUUGUCUCCAAGCAAAGCAGAUUCAAAAGAUUCUAAAUUAGAUAUAAACAACUUGGAUCUAAAGAGGUCGUUGCAAGUGAAAACUGAAUCUGUAACCAAAAUAAAAUCAGAGAAGGUGUCACCAAAUGCCAGCUACUCGGGAGAUUUUCAUUGUAACAAAUUUCCUGUAAACAACUACAAGCUUGCGAAUGGCAACCUCGGUUCUGUGAACUAUUUUCCGGAAAAAGACGUGGACCGACUCAUCGAGGCAUUGGGUGUCGAGAAUCUGUCCUGUGGACAAAGUCAAAUUCCUUCUUCAUGCGAGCAGCUCAACUUUGUCCUCUCAGAGCACACCAAAGCCCAGGGAGGGAAGUUCAAACCCAGUGCUGUAAAAAGAUCCUGUGCCGAUGAGACUAAAGUAACGAAAUCCGACUCGAGCUCUAGCAGGGAAGGAAGUAACCCGCCCAACCGAAACACCAAGCCGUCCAAACAGCAAAGUAAAAGCAGUAAGCAAGCAAAAGGAGGCAAAGUGGCGCGGAAAACAACCGAGGUCAAGUCUCGCUGCAAGAAUAGUCUCCUGGCUUACCUCAAAGAAAAAAAUGAACACGACUCGUCCAACGUGGACUCUGAUGUUCCCAGCUCGACGGAGCCUGGCGCUUGUAACUCUUCUGCUGCUGGAGACUCUGAGUCGAAGAGCAGAGUUGGCGCUAAAGCCGCGGGUCCUGGAGCAUUCCCUUCCUUUCCAUCCAAGGGUAUAAGAAGACGCUCGUCCAGCGGUACUGGCAAGAGCAAGAUGCUUAAGAAACCAAAGUAUUCCCAUGGCUGGUCGUGGGAAGGAGAGCCAUACCAAGGCAAAAUUUGGCUCAGAAACGACGAAGUGCUGAUCACGCGCACCUGCUACACGGCCAUGCAGCACAAGGAGGGCGACUUGGUGCGCGUGCGCGACUGCGUCCUGCUGAGGUCUGGUCCGCGCAAGGCCGACCUGCCUUUCGUGGCGAAGGUCGCCGCGCUUUGGGAGGAUCCUGACACCAGUGACAUGAUGAUGUCCAUCCUAUGGUACUACCGGCCUGAGCACACAGAACUGGGGCGCCAGGCGCACGAUUUGUCUGAUGAGAUUUUCGCGUCCAAGCACCGGGACCAUCUUAGCGUGGCUUGCAUCGAAGACACGUGCUAUGUCCUCACGUUCAAUGAGUAUUGCAGGUAA